AUGGACGAAAAGGGUGACCCAAGUGGUGAGGACGCACCCAAGGCAAUCAAGCCCACCAGUAAAGAGUUCAGGAAGAUGCAGGUGUUGCAGAGGACUGCCAUCGCGAAGCGCGAGGGCGCCGGGGAUGUGGAGGUGGAUGCCCUGGAGCCGCUGCCCCGGCAGCAGCAGAGCCCGUCGCUGCGACACAGCGGAAGGCCGCCGAAGCGGACUGAGCGGGUGGAGGAGUCCCUGACCAUGGUAUGGUGCCGGGGCCGGAGGGGUACCCCCGUGUCCCUAGAGGACUGGGCGGAGCCGGCGUCCUGUCCGGUGACAGAUGAGGGGAGCAUGGAAAGCACCUCGGACAGGAAGAGCGGUCCUGGGUCUGGCUCCACAGGUGGUAAGGAACGAACGGCCUCCUGGGCAGAGGUCAGAGGGCGUGGUGACGAGGUUGACACCUCCCAUAGUAACAGUGACUGGUCAGCGGUAGAGCAAGGUGCCAAGGCCAGCGGUGGUGACCGCACGGCUCCCCAGGAUGACAAGACAGCUGCAGCUGGCAUGCCCUCUGUGAUGGUGUUCUCCCGCUCACCAGUGCUCGUCGUAGAGGCGCCUGGUGUCGCCAGAUCCAUCGGCCCUGGGCGCUCAAGCGUGGCGCAACCCGCCUCUGUCUACUGCCGCAGCGACCGUAUCCUGAAACACGCUAAGGCCAGCAAGCACUUCCAGAGCGCAGGGAAAGGGCAGAAAGCAAAACCUAAAGAGAAAAGCAAGACAAAGGCGGAAAAACUCAUUCUUCAGAAAUGUAGCGUUCAGGCAGGCGUUAACAUCUCUUCUGUGCACAAGAGACUGGCUUCAGAGAAGAAGGAGAACACAGUGAAGAAGAUGGUGGUGGUCCGUCCGAGGAGUGAGGUCCUUGCUAAGGAGCCGACCUGUGAGAGCAGCACGCCAUCCUGGGCCAGCGACCCCAAUUACAAUGCAGUAAAGCCAGAAAAGACUGCUGCCCCCUGGCCGCCACUGUUGUAUAAAUCCGUGAAGGAGGACCGACGCGCAGAGGCCAAGGCGGCAGUGGCAGUGGUGGCGAAGAAGGUGGCUCCUCCAGGCUCUUCUGGGGGCGGCAAGCAGCCCUCGCUCAGGAACCUCCUUCCGAAGAAGUGCCCUCCUUUGGCAAACACGGCAGCAGCCAAACCGGCCAUCAAAAAGUCGCCACCGGGUUUCAAGGGCACAAUCCCCAAGAGGCCGUGGCUCUCGGCCGCCCCCUCCCCCUCGGGCAGCACUCCCUCAGCCAAGCAGGCAAGGCUGGCACCUGUUGCUGCCACGUCUGCUUCCAGAAAGUUCCCCGGCUCCGCUGCUUCGGUGGGCGCCGUCAGGAUGCCUGGGACCACCUCGCUUCCCCUGGCCUCUCCAGCCCCGGGACGCCUGGGCCCCGCGAGCCCCGCCUCGUCACAGCCAGGUUGUCAAAUGCGGCAAAACAUAAGACGCUCCUUGAAGGAGAUCUUGUGGAAAAGAGUCACUGACAGCGAUGACUUAUUCAUGACACAAAAUGAAGUUGGAAAAAUUGCACUGCACAUCGAGGAGGAGAUGUUUAACUUGUUCCGAGCCACAGACAGUCGGUACAAGAGCAAGUACCGCAGCCUCAUGUUCAACCUCAGGGACCGCAGGAACCAGGGGCUCUUCCGUCGUGUUAUGCAUGAAGAAAUCUCGUUGGCAAAACUUGUCAGAAUGAAGCCAGAAGAACUUGUCUCCAAAGAGCUUCCCAUGUGGAAAGAGAGAUCAUCAAAGCACGUGAUGGAGUCCAGAACUAAAUUGCAUAAGGAGACUAAGAAGCCUACCGUUAAACAGGAAAGUAUUUCCAAUAUGGAAGAUUCUAUGCCAGUAUCAGAUUGUGAUGAACAGCAAGAAUCAGUGCGGGCGGCCCCCGAGAUGAAUGCAGCACCCCUGCUUGACCUUGUCGGCAGUGUGCUGCAGGACACGACCCCGCAGCACCGGGCGCACCUCUUUGACCUGAAUUGUAAGAUCUGCACAGGUCAGGUUCCAUCGUCGGAAGAUGAGCCAGUGCCGCAAACACGAAAGUGGUCAACUUCUGCCAAGAAGGAGGACUCAAAGUCCGAGCAUGACAACUCUGCCUCUGAGCCCGCUCUCAGCUCAGCCGAUGAUGUGGCAGCAGAAACCCUGCCUGAAAACGCCUCGGAGCCAGACCUGGAAAGCGCUGCUCAUGCCCAUUUGGAGGGAAAGUCCCUCCCGGUGCCUCCAGAGGAUGGCCACCCCGAGCCCUCUGCCCUGGAAGGUGCCCCCUGCCCAGCCCCAGGUGGCGGCGGAGUGCUCACCACAGUCACGGUGUCUGGCCGAGACCCCGGGACUGCACCAGGCGGGCCGAGCACGGGUACGGCUCCCUCGGCAGCCCGCCCAGGCAGCGCCCACCCAGCGGAACCCCAACAGGGUGUCCCGAAGCCUGUGCCGACUUCCGUGACGGUGCCUAAGUCCAUCCUGGUCAAGCCGUCCACGUCGCCCGAGCCCAGAUACCUCCUGUUGGUCCCGCCGUCACCGAGCAUCAGCAUCUCAGAGUCCCGGUCCCCUCCAGAAGGAGAUACCACCCUCUUUUUGUCUACACUCAGCACCAUUUGGAAAGGAUUUAUGAACAUGCAGAGUGUAGCAAAGUUUGUCACUAAGGCGUAUCCUGUCUCUGGAUGUUUUGAUUAUCUCAGUGAGGUCCUGCCCAACACGAUUCACAUCGGCGGAAGGAUUGCCCCAAAGACAGUCUGGGAUUACGUCGGCAAACUCAGAUCUUCAGUGUCUAAGGAGCUGUGUCUGAUCCGCUUCCACCCUGCGACGGAGAAGGAGGAUGUGGCCUAUAUCUCUCUCUACUCCUAUUUCAGCAGCCGCGGCCGCUUCGGCGUCGUGGUAAACAACAGCCCACACGUCCCCCCCAUGCCCUGCGGAGUCCGUCACAGCGAGCUGCAUGCCUCACUCAGACCCGGCCUUUGGCAGCAGAACUUGGGAGCAGGGGCGGUGGCUACGCCCAUGCCUGGCGCCUCCGUGUCCACGGCCAGCGCCCCUGCGGCAGCCAGGCCCUUACACGGCCCGGCGUCCCUGCGGCUGGGCCCGGCGUCCUGCUCGGUCCAGUCCGAGGGGCUGCUGUGUCCCUCGAUGGAGCAGCCAGCGGGCUUGAGCACAUGCUGCCCGGCAGCGCUGGCCCCGCAACCUGCUGGGAGCGCCCUUGACCCCCCACGUCAGCCCCUCAGCGGGGAGCGCCCGCACUGCCCAGGGUUGCCGCUGCCUGAGGUUGCAGGGCCCUGCAGCGGCCUGGCCUUCCGGCCUCCACACCCUCCUUUGCCGGCUCCUCCUUCCCCUGAGUCACCACUGUCGUCCGAAGGGCAGGCAGAGGACAUUCUGGCAGCCGUUCCUCUGAUCACGAGUCUUGAGUCCCCGCGUCCGAACAUAAUCCUGGGGUUAGUAAUCUGUCAAAAACGAAAGCGUCCUUCAAAUGCGGACAAAUUAGACAAGACAGAGGAGAAGCGGCCCCGGCCUCAAACCCAAGAAGAAAUGGAUCCCAUCCACCCCAGAGUGCCAGCAGCCCUGCUUCCUGAGAAGAAGCCCCCCAAGUACCCGCUGUGCCCAGGGGACGCGGCUGUUAGCACCACAGCCCCGGGGUCUCCCCCACACCCACCCCCUCCUCCAGAAGCACCGGGUGCACCGGCCUCAUCUUCCGUGUUACAGAUACUGUCCUCGCUCAAACCAGGAGCCUCGAACACUGUCACAGCAUCACACGCGUCAGUGACGGUUGCGGUGGCCGCUUCCUCUGUCACUGCCUCUUCAAAAACAGCUUCGCCCCUAGAAUAUAUCCUGCAGACUCUCUUUGGGAAGAGGAAGGCGUUUGACCCCCCCACCAAAGAGCCUGCCGAGUCGGCCCCAGCCCCACACCAGGACUCGAGAGCCAAAGCCGGCGGCAGGCUGCCGGCGGCGCUUCUGCUGGACCCAAUUGUCCAGCAGUUUGGUCAGUUCUCAGAAGACAAAGCUCUGGAGGAGGAGGAAUACGACAGGCCAUAUGACCCCGAGGAAGAGUAUUGUCCUGAGAGAGCCUUCGACACUCAGCUCAGAGAUCACGGGAGCCACCAGGACACGGAGAAGGCUGCGGCGGCAGCUGAGAGGGAGGAGGUGGCCUAUGACCCAGAGGAUGAGACAAUCCUAGAAGAAGCCAAAGUGAGGGUCGAGGACCUGCCCGGCAGAAUGUGUGCGGCGGCACACGGGGGGCCUGGCCUGCCGGCCCCCUCCUUGGCCGAGCAGCAGCAGAUGAUAGAGGAGCUCAACAAGGAGAUCGAAGAGCAGAAGAGGCAGGUGGAGGUGCAAGAGGAGGCGCUCAGGCAGCAGAGGGCCGCUGUCGGGGCCUCCACGGCCCACUUCCCCGUGUCGGAUGCGCUCACGUCGCCGCCGCCGCACAAGCCUGGACCGUUGCCGCAGGAGCCGCCGGCCCCGGGCCCCAGCACCGAGGCCGAAUUCCGCGAGGGCAGGGGCCACGAGAACAGAGGCCCAAGCUUCGAGGGGCGGGCCCGGGACAAGGCCCCGGAGGAGCCCGAGGCCCCGCCGGCUGAGAGCCUCCUGGUCCAGGACCUCGAGGACCGGCGGCGCGAGCGGGAGCGUGCGAAGCCCUGGGAGUGGGAAUGCGGCCGGACCAGGGGCCGCGAGCGGGACUGGGACCGAGGCCACGAGCGGGAUCGGCACCGUGACAAGGCCCGUGAGCGGAAGCGCCAAAGGGACCGCAGUUGGAGCGCGGAGCGACCCCGGGAUCCCAAGGCCGAGGCCUUGUGGGCCGCCGCCCCCGCUUCCCAGACCUAG